AUCCGUUCGCUUUCCAUGAGUCUCUACAUACCAGCCUCCUCUCACUCACUCACCACCUAGCAGUCCGUAUAGUGAUGAUGUUGCGCCUGUCUUCAUCGCUCUCUUCUGAAUCAUCACGGAUGCUGAAUGGAAUAUUUUGACGUCAAUUAUUUCUAAUUGAUCUUAAAAGUUCUAAGAACGCCGACGGUCAAUAUUAGAUGACGCAUCAUUUUGCGAGCAUGAGGUUUUCUUCUGACUGACGCGAAUCGCCUGCGGUAUUUUAGUACCAGCAGUAUUUUUGAAAGUGGACAGAUAAGCAUGGACUAAUUGUUGUGAUUAUUUUCCAUUCAUGAUGGGACCAUUCAAACUUUAUUUAUUGUACAGUACAUUUGCCAUCUUCCCAGCUCUAGGCUUUGGUGUCGAUCCAGCCCUCCGCAUCAACGUAUUCGAUGAACUGAAGUUGGGAGAGUCUUACGCUGGAGUUUUUCAAGUUCAGGGGUUCCACAAUGAGAGCAGAGCCUUUCUUUUCCAAGACUCAUGGAGGAACGUGAGGGUGAAGGAGGAUGUAGCAGAGGUGAUGCUCCAGAAGCUGAGAGACAAGACAGAGUUCACUGUGCUGGCCACUCUGAAGCAGGAGAGACUCAACUCUGGAGUCCUGCUCUCCGUACACUAUGCAGAACACAGGUAUCUGGAGUUGGAGAGCAGUGGGCAGCGUAAUGAGAUCCGUCUCCACUACCGUACCAGGGACCAGCGGCAACACACUGAGGGGUUCCCCUACUCCCUGGCAGACGACCGUUGGCACAAGCUGUCUGUGGCCGUCAGUGUCUCCCACGUGGUGCUGCACGUCGACUGUAACAGGAUCUAUGAGAGGGUGAUAGAGAAUCCGUCUAUGGACAUUCCCUCUGACACCACCAUCUGGCUCGGACAGAGGAACCAGGCCCAUGGAUACUUCAAGGGUAUAAUGCAGGAUGUUCAGCUGGUCGUCAUGCCUCAAGGCUACAUCUCCCAGUGUCCAGACCUCAACCGCACUUGCCCCACCUGCAAUGACUUCCAUGGGCUGGUGCAGAAGAUCAUGGAGCUGCAGGAUGUCUUAGCCAAGACCUCCAGCAAGCUGUCGCGUGCGGAGGAGAAGAUGCAGGGUUUGGAUGGCUGUUACUGUGAGAGGAGCUGCAGUAUGAAUGGAGAGCUGUACAGGGAGGACGAGGGAUGGACAGACGGAUGCAGGAACUGUUCCUGCUAUAAUGGUACAGUCCAGUGUGAGACCAUCUCGUGCCCCCCUCCCCAGUGUCCCCCUGACUCCGCCCCUGCCUAUGUGCCAGGCACGUGCUGCAAAGAGUGUCAGCCUGUGUGUCUGUUCAGAGGAAGGGUGUACGUGGAAGGGGACUUGAAGAGUGUGAGGGAUUCAUCUGGAAACUGUUUACUGUUUGAGUGUCAGGAGCACAGUAUGCAGAGGGUGGAAAACGCUCCCUGUCCUGAACUGACCUGCCCCGAGUCUGAACACAUCACCCUUACAGACCGCUGCUGCAAAGUCUGCAGAGGUCAUCAUUUCUGUGUGGAGGGCCACAGUCCCAGCUGUGUGGAGAACUCAGAAUGUGUGAACCUGGAGGCUGGGUCGUGCUGCAGCUGUAAAGAUGGCUACCGCGCCCUGAGGGAUGACAGCGCGUACUGUGGAGAUAUUGAUGAGUGUGCUGAGGGAAAGCACUACUGCAGAGAGAACACCAUGUGUGUCAAUACUCCAGGAUCCUUCAUGUGCAUCUGCCACACUGGAUACAUCCGGAUCGAUGACUAUUCCUGCACAGAACGUGAUGAGUGUACGACAGGUCUUCACAGCUGUGAUGAAAAUGCCAUCUGUUUCAACACGGUGGGGGGCCACAGCUGCUCCUGUAAACCAGGCUAUGUAGGCAACGGGACAGUCUGCGGAGCUUUGUGUGAUGGUUUGUGCCAGAAUGGAGGAUCCUGUGUAAGCCCGGACACCUGUAUCUGUCAACAGGGUUCACUGGGGAGU